AUGUCCCGCCUUUUUACCCGCAACUCGCGGGGUCGCCAGCCUAUGCUGGGUUCCACCGUCAAACUAUUCAAGUCCAAAGAACACCCCAAUGACACCUACCAGCCCAAGCCAAAGAGGGGCAGACCUCCUCGCAAAUACACGGUGACAAAGAAAUCGUCGGGCAAAAGGAAAAAAGCCGACAGCUCGACCUCGGGAGAAGAUCUCUCCUCGUAUGAGUCCGAGACUGCAGAUGAUGCCUCGGACGAAGAGAGUGAGGAUGAGGCCGAUGAUGAAGAUGACCUGCCAGCAGUCAAAGCCCCGUCUCGUUCCCGGAGAUUGAAUGGGGCGGGGCCCAAAAAACAAAUCAAGUCGCGGGAUAAUGUAUCCCUCGCUGGCAGCUCAGAGAGUAUGUUCGGUGAUUUUGAAGACUACUACGAGGAUGACGAAGACCCCGACCUCUCCCCCGAAGAAAACAGGAAGCGUUUUGAAGAAAAGGUCUUUGCAGAAUCAGACGACGACAAUGACAUCUACCAGGCUGUCGAUGAUAUUAGUGAUUCCGACGACGAUGUGGAUGGAAACCAACUUCAAGAGCAAGAUUUGCUUGCCAUGCUGUCCGAAGAAGGUCAGAGUGAUGCCGACUUCCUUCUCAACCAGAUUGAUGGCUUGUCUGCGUACGGAUUUGGAGAUGAGAGUGAUGGCUCCAUCUACCGUUUUCCCUCCUCACAAGGUAGCGACAGUGCCACUGAAACCGCUCCCGAGAAACGGGUGCAUUUUGCCACCGAUGCCGACCCAACCAUUCUCUUACGCAUGUCCGAGUCGCCUACCAUUACUCGUGCCCUGCUACCCUCAGCACUACCCGACUCGGGAUUCUUGCACCAAGGUGCUGACAGACGCGUUGGCGUCCUGGUCGAUGACCUGGAUGAUUCUGAUCUGACCGACGACUGUCUGCCGGAGGAGGCCCUCCAGAGCACUCCCCAUGCGGCCGACGAAGAGAAAGAAACGUCGCCUUCGGCUUCUCCGCCAUCCAAGAAAGCGGGAAAGAAACCAGCUCGACGUCGAGGCCCGCCUCGUGGCAUCUUUAUCGACGAAGGUGACAAGACAUCUGGUAUUCUCGACUCCUCGGGGAAAAUCAUCCUCAUGACCAAUCCUCAUCUGCUGGGUGAAGAGUUCGCCCGUCGCUAUGGAGCGUCCCAAACGUCUAGUCCAGAUGUGGGUUUUGCCGAGCUCAUUGAGGAGAGUGAUGCCGGCGAUCGUGACCCUACUGAUCUCUUGACUGGGCAGAGCGCAGACAUCAUGCUUGCUAGCUUCAAUUCUGCGAUCAAUGACCCUUUCAAUCAGGGGCAGGCUGUUGGCCCCUUGGAAGCAUUCUAUCCUACCAACAACUUCUUUUUCGAUGAUUUUACUGUUGACCACGGCGAUCUCGCUGGGGAUUUCCAAACAGAUGGGCUUGGGGAAGAUGUCAUCAGUCUCACCGAUGUGAUACAGUUCGACAGUGGUUCAGAGGACAGCGACGCUCCGACGUCGCCCAUCUUCAUGCCUCCCAAUCACGAACUGCUGAGCAAUGAUUUCGCUCAUCUUAACAACGGCAACAUCACGGCAUUCCGGCGCAACGCUGACCCAGCAUUUGCGGCGAUGAGUCAAAUGCCGUCAUAUCUGGAUCUAGAUUACUUGAGUUCACCUCUUGCAACACCGGCGCCGUCGCGCCGCAAGAGGAAGAAUCAUGUCUCGCCAUAUACCUCUUCGCACUACAAAGGAGUGACACCUGUGCAGCGGAUGCGAGAUCCCAACCACGCACGAGCUUCUGACCCUGUGACUCCUGCGAAGAAAAAGCGCAGACUUAUGACUUGA